UCCCGGCAGGCUGCACGUCUGCGCUGCUCGGAGGCCCGGGGGCCGAGGGGCCCGUGGGACGCGCGUCGGGGCGCAGCUUCCUGGUGCGGGCGGACCGCGGAGGUGGACCUGGCCGCGGCCCCCCUCGCCUGUGAGCGUCGCCCGGGAGAGCGGAAUUGCGGGGUUGGAGGCAUCGGCCGCACCUCGGACCUUGACCUGUGGCCUGAGAGGAGGUGAGAUCUACUGGCCAGGCUCUGACCACCUGACCACCUUCCUGGGCGCCUGAGUCUGGGUUUCCUCGCCAGGACUCUCCCUUUCCCGGGCAGCAUGCAGACCCAGCAGAGUGGCGUCCAGUACAGCAGGUGGGAUGACAGCAGCCGGGACGAAGUCCACGUGGCUGCCGUGUCCAGCACGGAGGAGGCCUCAAGCUGGGCGAGGAUCUCCCGGAAGCUGUGCUCAGGCAAGCUGGGCAUCGCCCUGAAGGUGCUGGGCGGAGUGGCCCUCUUCUGGGCCGUCUUCAUCCUGGGCUACGUCACCGGCUACUACGUACACAAGUGCAAAUAAGGCUUCCCAGCACGCACGCAUAUGCCCGGGGACGCGGGCCCGGGCGGACACCCCUGUACACCAGAAUCCCCUUUGCAUGCACAGACCCUCAUGUACACGGAUCCUCGUAUACACCAGGUUUCCUCCACGUGCAUAGACUCGCCGCCCCCCCCACAGACCCCACUGUGCAGCAAGCAGUCACUGGCCAUCCAGGGGCACGCAGAGGAACAGGGACACAGGUCCUCGAUGACAUAUACACAUGCCUCGCACAGGCAGCCAGCCAGGGGCACACGUGGCCGGGAGACUCGGCCCAGUCUGAGCUGGGUCCUCCCUGAGCUGGCGCUGUAUGGGGCUGGGGGUGCCUGGGUGGGCCUCUGGGCCCUCUUGUUUUGUAAGGAUGGCUCUGGGGGAGGCGGGGCUAUGUAUGUCCCUCUGCCCCGCCCCGCUCCCCGGGCUGAGACCCCAUCCCGGAAGUCGAUCCUGGGCAGGGUGGGGAGCGGGCGCCACACUCAAGUGUUGUCUGCGGUGCGGUGGGCAUAGUUGCUCCGGGGCUUGGAGCCAGCAGGAAGGCCGCUGCCCCCGCCAUGCCCAGGGCGGAUGGGAACCUGUGCACCGAUGCAGUCAUUAAAAGUCUGUUGCAUGAAGGUUGGGUGAGGGCCUCUCCCACGGGGGCCCCCCAGGCGCCUGCCCACGUGAGGCCAGCUGGAGGCCCUCGGACAACAGUGGGAGGCUUCUGGGAAGGGCCCUUCCUCCCACUUGGCUCUGGGACUCCGUGUGUGUCGGCUGCGCCCUCUGGUGGGAAGCGAGCCCCUGGGGGUCGGCCUGAGGGCUGGCAGGUGGCGGAACGUCUUCCUCCCUCGCCCAACCAACCGUGGACAAGGCCUCGAGGCUCAGGCUGCUCCUGCCUGCCCAGCGGAUUCCCAAGACCUGCCCUCCUGGGCCUGUGCUCACCCCCACCUACUUGCCACAAGCUCACAUCUCUGGCCCCGCAGACCCUUUGUGGCAGAAACACAAAGUUAGGAGAGUGCUUCUUCCCCAAGGACUGAGGGCUGGAGAUGAAGGACAGACACUCCUUGUGGGGCCGGAGGUUGAAGGCCACGUGGCAAGCCUGCGUGGCCGAGGCCGAGCUGGAGGGGGAGGGGAAGGGCAGAGACCGCCCCCCCCC